AUGGAUAUUCAGCAGAAAGAAAACAUUGCCUUUGUUUCUGACUGUGCUUUUGUCCCCAUAUCCGCUGGCGAAGUGUUGGCGUACAUGGGAAAGAGGAAUGGUGAACUUUUCAAGGUCACAUGUUUGCACACUGAAGGAUCUGUUUGGACAUUGAUACAAAGGAGGGUUGACGGUUCAGUGAACUUCUACAGGGGAUGGACUGAAUAUAAAAAUGGGUUUGGUGAACUGAGUUCCGAAUUUUGGAUCGGACUUGACACUAUCCAUCAGCUAGUAAUGAAUGGCUUUACAGUUCUACGUAUAGAAUUAGAAAUGGGAAAGGAGUCUGCCUAUGCGGAGUAUAGUAGUUUCUAUGUAGCUGGGGAGGAAGACAAUUACAGAAUCCAUGUUUCUGGGUACAGUGGAACAGCAGGUGAUGGUAUUUCAUGUCACGGCCAGUAUUGCAGCAACAAUGUACAGUUUUCAACGCACGAUAAUGAUAAUGACAAGAACAGUGAUGAAAAUUCUGCUCAAUUAUUUAAAGGAGCUUGGUGGUAUAAUCGUGGACAUAGAUCUAAUCUAAAUGGAGAAUAUGGUAACGACAACUUUGCUAAAGGCAUAAAUUGGUAUCUAUUCAAGGGAAAUAAAAAAUCUUUAACAGGUUCAAGGAUGAUGCUUCGCCGACCUUUGAUGUAA